AGAGAGAAGAAAGAGGGUGGGAGGGAGCUGUGAGAUAUUCAUCUUUGAGAAAAAAAAUACCUAGAGGAGAGAUAGAGAGAAAGGAGGAGUGGGUGCUGGGAAAAGAGGAGGGAGCUGGGUGAGAGAGUGAGAGAGAGAGAGAGAGAGAGGGAGAGACUGAGAGAGGCAGAGCUGAUUAGAUUGGAGAGAGCCGAGGGGGUUACUGGCAUACUAUUGAGCAAGGGGAGAGACAGAGACGAGAGAGGAGAGAAGGGAGGGUGACUAAGUGAAUGCAGUUUGCCGUCGCGUGUCACGGAAUCACAGCGAAUUCCGCGGGCACGCGGACGGUUUGGACCUGAAUCAACAAAUGGAUGCGGGGACACUGGAUGUACAGCGCACGUGAGGGGGCCAGAGUGUUGCCUUCACAUCCUUUGAUCUUUGCAUCACAUACUGCUGUGAGGAACACCCCCGAGGAGGAGAAGGAAGAAAUUGCGCCCCCCCCCCCUCCUCCCCCCUUAGAAGCCGCGGAGCCGUGAGCCAGAAAAGAGUCGACUUUGAGACUCGCCGGGAUUGAAGAUGUGCUCAUGCCGGGGUGUGCGCGUGUGAGCUGAUAGCAGCAGCCCCAUUGGUAUUCAGCGGAGGGAGCUCCGGGUUCUCGCUGCGCCUUUUCCCCCAGGAUGGGAUCACAGAGCGGGGAUUGUGCUCGCCUGUUGAGAGCCCCGCUGAAAUGGAUCGGAGGCCUUGCGGAGAUGGACACCAAAUGGGCAGCAUGGAAGCCGACAUACACCCUGCAGCGACGGGCUUUCCACACCUAAGCGCCUCCGCCACCUCCAGCCGGCAGCCCGAACCUUCCGCCGGAGGACCGAACCUGCGCGGUUGAGGCCGGUCAAGCUGGGCCGAGAUACCGCAAGCCGCCGACAGGAAGUGGAUGAAAGCAGCAGGGGGGGGGGUGGGGGUGAGGGGUGGGGGAAAGGCCUUGGAGGAGUUGACUUACAACGAACCAAAUCAACCUGUUGCGCAUGCGAAUGAACUUCUUGGACUUGGCCUGAAAUGAAAUAGGCUGCAGCGAUGCUUGAGCAAAGGCCCUCUGCGCUCCAGAGAAAUACAAGACGCCGACAGACAGAAGAAAGCAAAAAAAAACCAGACAGCAUAAAAGGAAAGGUGGGGCCCCAUUUCAAUGGACUAAUCCCCCCCCCCUCUUCCUUUUCUAAAUUGCCAAGAGUGACUGUGUUGUGAUUUUCACUUUUUUUCUUAAAGUCAGAGAGAGGAGGAAAAGACAAACUGCGGACCAACCAAUCGCUCGUUUUCUUUGUGCACACAAUCAAACCUCCUUUCAUCAACUGCUGAUUUUUCUUGCCUUGCUCUGAAGGGAUUAUUUGCUCCACCACGAGUACAAACAGUGGAAUCCUCCAGAGCCCCCCCUUUGUGUCCUCACCCCCGGAUGACACAGUGUGAACCCCUCUGAUUCCCCCACGGUGUCCCCCCCGAAGUGCUAAAACUCUGUGGUCUCAGAUCUCCAUGCCUCUGUUGACUCACUACUACAGCGAUAAUAUGGCACAGCGCUUCUGAUACCGUCCGAUUCAUUCCGUGGUGGUACAGGCAACCGUCAGAACAUUCUCCAUGAGGAGCAGUAGAAGAUGCCGGCUCUGCCAGCACUGCUGCUGUCAAUACACGUCGUCCCCUUCCUGUUAGUCACCCUGCUGCCAAGCUCCCUCAGUCAGGCCCCUUUGCUCUCCUCCGUCCGGAUGGCGGCCAUCCUGGAUGACCAGUCUGUUUGUGGGCGUGGGGAGCGGCUGGCGUUGGCCCUGGCCAGGGAGAACAUCAACAGCGUGAUGGAGGCUCCGUCCAGAGCCCGAGUGGAGGUGGACAUAUACGAGCUGCAAAAAGACUCCCAGUACGACACUACUGACACCAUGUGUCAGAUUCUACCCAAAGGCGUCGUGUCUGUGAUAGGUCCCGCCUCCAGCCCCGCCUCUGGCUCUACUGUCAGUCACAUAUGUGGAGAAAAAGAGAUCCCUCAUGUCAAGAUCGGUCCGGAGGAGACUCCCCGCUUGCCGUACCUGCGCUUUGCCUCUGUCACGCUGUACCCUAGCAACGAGGACCUGAGCCUGGCCAUAGGAGCCAUCUUGCGCUCGUUCAGUUACCCCUCAGCCAGCCUAGUCUGUGCCAAGGCUGAGUGCCUGCUGAGAUUAGAGGAACUGGUCCGCCGCUUUCUCAUCUCUCGGGAGACGCUGUCAAUCAGAAUGCUGGACGACAACCUGGACCCCACGCCGCUUCUGAAGGAGAUCCGAGACGACAAGGUGGCCACCAUCAUCAUCGACGCCAACGCUUCUGUGUCCUAUCUCAUCCUCAAGAAGGCGUCUGAGCUGGGGAUGACAUCAGCGUUUUACAAGUACAUACUCACCACAAUGGACUUCCCACUGCUGAGGCUGGAUGAUAUAGUAGAUGAGCAGUCAAACAUUGUGGGUUUCUCCAUGUUUAACACCACCCAUCCCUUCUAUCUGGAGUUCAUCAGAAGCCUGAACCUGUCGUGGAGGGAGGGAUGUGACCUGACGUACCCCGGCCCUGCGCUCUCGUCAGCGCUGAUGUUUGAUGCGGUGCAUGUGGUGGUGGGGGCGGUUAGGGAAUUGAACCGCAGUCAGGAAAUUGGAGUGAAGCCGCUCAGCUGCACCUCGCCCCAGAUCUGGCAACAUGGGACCAGUCUUAUGAACUACCUGCGCAUGGUGGAGUACGACGGUCUGACGGGGCGUGUGGAGUUCAACAGCAAGGGUCAGAGGACCAAUUACACCCUGCGGAUUCUGGAGAAACACCGAGGAGGCCACAAAGAGAUCGGUGUCUGGUACUCCAACAACACUCUGGCGAUGAACUCCACCAGUCUAGAUAUAAAUGUCUCAGAGACGCUGGCAAACAAGACUCUCAUUGUCACCACCAUACUGGAGAACCCGUAUGUGAUGCGCAGACAGAACUACCAGGACUUCCAGGGCAACGAGCAGUACGAGGGCUUCUGUGUCGACAUGCUGAAGGAGCUGGCGGACAUCUUGAAAUUCUCCUUCAAGAUCAAGCUGGUGAAUGACGGCCAGUACGGGGCUCCAGAGCCCAACGGCUCUUGGACUGGUAUGGUGGGAGAGCUAAUCAACCGGAAAGCCGACCUGGCCGUAGCGGGCUUCACCAUCACGUCAGAGAGGGAGAAAGUCAUCGACUUCUCCAAGCCGUUUAUGACCCUGGGGAUCAGCAUCUUGUACAGAGUUCAACUGGGUCGGAAGCCGGGUUACUUUUCCUUCCUCGACCCCUUCUCUCCGGCCGUCUGGCUCUUCAUGCUGCUCGCCUACCUGGCUGUCAGCUGUGUGCUCUUUCUGGCUGCAAGGCUGAGCCCCUAUGAGUGGUACAACCCGCACCCGUGCCUGCGAGAGCGCAAGGACAUUUUGGAGAACCAGUACACGCUAGGAAACAGCCUGUGGUUCCCUAUCGGAGGCUUCAUGCAGCAGGGAUCAGAAAUAAUGCCCAGAGCCCUGUCCACCAGAUGUGUUAGCGGGGUGUGGUGGGCGUUCACGCUGAUCAUCAUCUCCUCCUACACGGCCAACCUGGCCGCCUUCCUGACCGUCCAGAGGAUGGAAGUCCCCAUCGAGUCUCCGGACGACUUGGCCGACCAGACCAACAUCGAGUACGGCACCAUCCACGGAGGGAGCACCAUGACCUUUUUCAUGAACUCUCGUUACCAGACCUAUCAACGGAUGUGGAACUACAUGAACUCCAAGCAGCCCAGUGUAUUUGUGAAAAGCACAGAGGAGGGCAUCGCCCGCGUCGUCAACUCUAAGUACGCCUUUUUGAUGGAGAGCACCAUGAACGAGUACUACCGCGGCCUCAACUGUAACCUCACGAAGAUAGGAGGCCUACUGGACACCAAGGGUUAUGGAAUCGGCAUGCCGCUGGGGUCUCCAUUCAGAGAUGAGAUCACGCUGGCCAUCCUCCAGCUGCAGGAGAAUAACAGGCUGGAAAUACUGAAGAGGCGGUGGUGGGAGGGAGGCCAAUGCCCCAAAGAGGGGGACCACCGCGCCAAGGGUCUGGGCAUGGAGAACAUCGGGGGCAUCUUCGUGGUGCUGAUCUGUGGUCUGAUCAUUGCUGUGUUCGUGGCCAUCAUGGAGUUUGUGUGGUCCACGCGGCGCUCUGCAGAGACCGAUGAGGUGUCUGUUUGUCAGGAGAUGAUUACAGAGUUCAGAAACGCUGUGUCCUGUAAGAAGAGCUCCCGUAUGCGCCGCCGUCGGCCCCUCAGCAGCGCCGCGGCCCUGCGCCAUCCCACACGCAUCGCUCUGGGGGCCCCCCGGCCCCUGCGCCUGGUCCGGGAGAUGCGCCUCAGUAACGGCAAGCUCUACAGUGGCGCUGGUCCGCUGACAGGUGGAGCUGGAGGAGGGGGAGCGGGAGGGACGGGCCCUUCGGAUCUAGGCCCAGGACCCCAGCGGAUCCUAGAUGAUCCGCUGGGGGCCAACAGCACCCCUCCUCCACCGGCCCCUGCGCCUGUAAUGCUGCCCGUCCGCAGCUGCACCCACGUGCGCAUCUGCCAGGAGUGCCGCAGGAUCCAGGGCCUGCGAUCGGGCAGCAGCAUAGGGUCGGCCACAACAAGGAUACCACCUUCAUCGGCACCCCUGCCAAGGCUACCCCCACCCCCACCCCCAUCCUCAUCCAACACAGACAGCGAGGGUGGAGCGGGGCACAGCCCGAGGCGGCAACACCACAGCCCACCCUCUCAUACCUCCCGACCCGCUCCACCUCCGCAGAACAGCAAAGCCACAGACCUGCUGGCUGAACAGGACUGAGACCCGAGGCAAUGGGGGAGGAGUGGGGAGGGGUGGGGGAGGGAGGAGAGGGCAGCAGAAAUUGACUGUGAAGGUGAUGUAACUGAGGAACAUUUACGCCACUGGUGAAAUUCAUUUCACAAGAGAGGGAGAGGACAAAAACCUCAAGGUCAGCCAACAGAAAACAACCUUUAAAAGGAGAAUAAAGUCAAACCUUUCACCAGUUGGCAUGCAGAUGCAGAUGCAGAGCUGCCUUCAAGUGCGCUGUGAGGUGUCUGUUAAGCUUCUGUACUCUACUAUGACGAUCACAUGACCAGAUGACAGUUUCUAUUGGCCUCCUUUUCCUUUUCGAUUUGAGUGUGCUGGUUUUUCAUGAAAAAGACACUUCCCUCCUCCAUUAAAUGAAAUGAAAAGACUUGUUGGAGGACAUACUGUACUUGUAUGUGAUUUCAAAACCGCAACUAAAAGACUUUCAAAGAAUUAUUUCCUGUUUUUUCUUUUACUAUUCCUGUUUUUUUCCAUUGUUUUGAGUUGAAAUUACAGAAUUAAAUCCAGAAUAUGCUGAGUUAUGACAUAGUAAGACGCUUGACUACAACUAUUGUGUCCAAGAGUUAAGUGUCUCUCCCUUCGGACAAUAGCUGCUUUUUGGAUGGUAUCAGGGAAGGUGGACGGCGCUACUUCAACACCACAUAAUGCAAACGGCAGCAGAGGAAACUCUCUGCCUUCCUUCACACUGUGCGUUGGUGCAUUGUAAAAAAAAUAAAAUAAAUGCUUCCUUGUAAAUCUGUAAUCACUCAAGUGAGGAGAACCAUUAAAAGUGAAAUGUUCAAAUUGGGCCCAAUAGAAGAAGAAAUGUCACAGGAGAAAUGUGAAAUAAAUGUCCCUCGCUAUCCCGAGUAACUGUUGGCACCCCUCUGCUCACACCGCGUAGAAGAGAUAGACAGAGAAGAACAGAAGGGGAGGAGACAAAAAGAGGCAAAGAGUGAAAGGACACUCCUGAAUGAGGAGUCCCUGGUUCCACGAUUAGAUGUGUCCUGAUCUGUUCAUUUAAGGCAUCUUCUGAGGGGCUUAUUAAUGCGCCAGCAGACGGUAGCCACAGCUCCUUCCCUUCUCUCUGUUCAGCAGACUUGGCCAGACACAGCAGAGGUUCCUGCCAGAGUGAUAGACUCAACACAGCCUUGUCAAUACUGUCUCAGCUUUUGAUCGCCUAAUUACUCCCCUCGGUGUCUGGGGGCUCAUUCGGGAGGGGGUUGAACACAGGGAAACAUGCUGAUGAAAAGAUUUAAAAGGAAAUGCAUGUUUUUUUUUUUUCUCCAGCUCAGAAGGCAACCUGGUCUCUUUGAAUUAUGCUGUUAAUGUUACAGCUCUACUGUUUGGUGAAACUCCCAAACUGAAACUAUACGCCACAGCAUAUUAGCCAUGGUGCAUAAAGGAUAUACACCUGUGGAUUUGCUCAUGUUAGCCAUUUUAUUUUCAAAUUGUGGACACUUUAUCUCCAUUUUCCCCACUGCUUUCACAGCAAGUGUGUAGAAUAAUUACGCAUUACUGAAUGAGGCUUACAUUCUAAAUUUAUAUUACUGGCAACCGAUCCAAAUAAAAGACCAAAACUAACAAUGAAUGGAUGAACUGAUCUGACUGAUGAGUAGCCUAAAUUUAACUUCUGGAUGGAAGUCUUUUUUGAAAAGACACUUAACAGGUGACAAGUGUCUCUGACACUUUCAGAAGUGAUGCUAGAGGAGUACUGAGAGGGUCACAGUUUCGGAGCUGUGUGAGUCAGGCUACACCAUCCAACAGCAAUUCUAUUAAAUCAAAAUUAAUUUCUUAGCUUCUUGCUUCCAUUGAUGUUUAGAAUCACAAUUACAAUCGUUUUCAGUCAGGAGUAAAAGAUUGAGUUGUGGUUACUGCAGUAUUACUUCCCUUUAGUGUGAGCCGUGUUCUCUGUUGUACGAUCUCUCUGUGAAACGCUCCCUUCAAAAGAAAAUGUCCGGAUUUGUUUGCACUCGUUGCGUAGAUUAUAUCUAUUUUUUAUAUGAAAUCAUAAUUGAGUGCUGUAUUAGCAUUUUCUGAACUGCAGGUUGUGUCUCAAUGUUGAUUGAAUCAUUUAAAAAAUCCGUUCCACAAAAUACUCCCCUGAACACGGGGGGUCGGGGGGGGUGGGGGGGGGCGACCUCUUUCUGGGGCUGAAUGAAAUGUCUUCGAUAACUAAAUUCCUCAUCAUCCUCUUCAGUGUCACUGUUUCCUGGUGUGACGGCUGAUUUUAUGAAUGUAAUCAUUACCAGCUGCUGAUUCUUAGAAGUCAGAGUCCCCCCCCCCCCUUCUUUUGCCCUAGGUAUUAAAGUAAAAAUCAAUCUGUAACUCAGUCCUGUGAGUCUGCGCCAACACACAUAAAGCUGCCAGCUGCAUGGGCUUCACACUCUCAUCUCAGAUCUCACCAAACAGCAGGAAAACAAUCCCUCAGUGGCUUCACACCCAUCAAAAUUCAGCAGAAACACAAAGUGCGCGACAAAACAUGCAAACCCACCAGUUCAGCCCCCUACACGUCCCCUGAGAAAAAUAAUACCAUACAGACACUGUUGUCUGGGAAAAACAUUCCAUUGCUUCAUAAAGUUAUGCAGUUUUGCAGUGGGACGGAUUUGUCGACACAGUUGCGCUGCAGAUGACGAGUGAUAACGGUGUUUGGAAACAUUACGCUGUCUUUUUGAAUGAUUGCUGUCACCCGAAGCAGCCGAAGCCUGGAUCUGAUGCGUUUCUUACUCUCUGUAUAUUUCUUCCUUUGUGCUUAAAAUGCUGACAAAGCAGCAGGAGAGAGCCCCUUUCCACGAGAAGCCAGUGUAUACACACACACACACACACACACACACACAGACAAAGAAACACAACCAUCCGUGAAAUCUUAACAGCUUAUUUCCUCAUUGUCUAAAGGUUGUAAACCCUCUGGUUGUUCUUAAAUUCGUCUCCGGUUGGUUCCGUGUGCAAAUUGACAAAACGUGAAAUGUGAGGGCACCACUGAGCCAUUAAGUGUGAGCAGCUUUAAGCCACCAGCUGCACACAUUUAUUAGCUGCCAACCAUUAUUGUGGAGAAGCAAGAGAAGGCUGCGAACUCUAAGAAAGCGAGAAAGCAAACUGCCGGUAUGAAUAAUCCCAAGUAUGAAGGGAAGGGAGGGUCACAAAACAGAAAAGUUGGAAUUUCUGAACCGUAAAC